UUGCGCUGCUAAAGAAAGGCGGGGUGGGUCUUUCUGAAGCUCUGACUAAAAACGGACUUCGGUAUCAGGGACUGCAAAUCUACUGGGUAGGGGUAGGGAUCGCUUAGUGUGGGAAAAAAUAUUACGCUGUCAAGGCCGUCGGAGAACAGCAAACUGGUCCUGGGUCUAGUCAACGACAGGGACCUUGAAAACCGGUCAUACUAUAAAGCUUUUCUCUUUAUUGCAGGGGGAAAUCUGAGUCCGCUCAUAUUAUAACUUUGAUAUUAGUUAAACGGAAGAUCCGAAUUUGGAGAGAAUGAAAGAAUUAUCACCUAUCUCCAAGAAUAUGAUUCUGUUUGCUCUACUUGCGAUGACUGCCUCUGCGUCCAAGAUGAAUGUACCGCGACUACGGCUGUCUUACAAAGAUCUCCUGGCCACGAACAGGUCCUCUAUCUUCAGUGGUCACCACGGGCUCCUCAGCUUGACCAGUGUUUUCUUGGAUGAGUACCACGACAGGCUGUUUCUGGGAGGCAAAGAUGUGCUGUACUCUCUGCGCCUGGACCACACCCACUCAGACUCCAAAGAGAUCUAUUGGCCUCCAUUGCCUGGGAAUAGGGAGGAGUGUGUGCUCAAGGGCAAGGAUCCCCAGAGCGAGUGUGCCAACUUUGUGCGCCUGCUGCAGCCCUACAACCGUACCCACCUGCUGGCCUGCGGCACUGGCGCUUUCCAGCCCAUGUGUGCCUUCAUCAACGUGGGCCACCGAGGGGAGCACGUAUUCUCAAUGGACCCAACCAACGUGGAGAAUGGCCGGGGCAAAUGCCCUCAUGACCCCAGCCAACCCUUUGCCAGCACCUUCAUUGGUGGAGAGCUCUACACCGGUCUCACGGCUGACUUCCUGGGCCGUGAUGCUGUGGUCUUCCGCAGCCUGGGCAGCCGCUCCACCAUGAGGACUGAAACUGAUCAGCGCCUGCUUCAUGACCCUAAGUUUGUGGCAGCCCACCUCAUCCCUGACAAUGAUGACCAUGACAAUGACAAAGUGUACUUCUUCUUCACGGAGAAGGCCAUGGAAGCAGGGGACGGCAAGGGGGCCAUUCACAGCAGAGUAGGCCGUGUGUGUGCGAAUGAUGCGGGUGGGCAGCGGGUGCUGGUGAACAAGUGGAGCACCUUCAUCAAGACUAGGCUGGUGUGUUCUGUACCAGGACCCCAUGGCAUCGACACACACUUCGAUGAGCUGGAGGAUGUGUUCCUAUUGAGGACCAAGGAUGAGAAGAACCCAGACGUGUAUGCCAUUUUCAGCACUAUCAGCAACGUGUUCCAGGGGUUCGCGGUGUGUGUGUAUCGCAUGGCAGACAUCCGCGAGGCCUUCAACGGGCCCUUUGCUCACAAGGAGGGGCCCGACUACCAGUGGGGUGCCUACGAGGGCCGGGUCCCCUACCCGAGACCUGGGGUGUGUCCCAGUAAGAUCAUCAACCAGCCCGGCCGGCAGUUUGCCAGCACCAAGGACUUCCCGGACUCGGUGCUGCAGUUCGCCCGCAGCCACCCCCUCAUGUGGCGCCAGGUGUACCCUGCGAUGCGCCAGCCCGUGCUGGUCAAGACCAACGUGCACUACCGGCUGCGGCAGAUCGUGGUGGACCGCGUGCAGGCCGAGGACGGCCAGUAUGACGUCAUGUUCAUCGGCACCGACGUCGGCACGGUGCUGAAGGUCAUCGCCUUGCGCAGCGGGAACUCCCUGGACACGGAGGAGGUCACCCUGGAGGAGCUGCAGAUUUUCAAGGUGCCAACACCCAUCACGUCUAUGGAUAUAUCAGUAAAGCGGCAAGCGCUGUACGUGGGCUCGCCGCUGGGCGUGGCCCAGGUCAGGCUGCAUCGCUGCGAGACGUACGGCAAGGCCUGCGCCGAAUGCUGCCUGGCUCGCGACCCCUACUGCGCCUGGGACGGGACGUCCUGCACCCGCUACGCCCCCCACAGCAAGCGCCGCUUUCGUCGCCAGGACAUUCUCCACGGCAACCCCGCCCUGCAGUGCGUUGACCAGAACCUCAGUGAGGAGCUGGACACGAGCGAGGACAGGGUGGUGUACGGCACAGAGAACAACAGCACCUUCCUGGAGUGUAUCCCACGCUCCCCCCAGGCCACCGUCACCUGGCUGGUACAGAGGGAUGACCGCAAGGAGGAGGUGAAGACGGACGAGCGGGUGAUGCGCACGGAGCAGGGCCUCCUGUUCCGCAGGCUGUUCCGGCAGGACGAGGGCGUGUACGUCUGCCGGUCGCGGGAGCACGGCUUCUCCCAGACGCUCGCGCGCGUGUCCCUGGAGGUCCUGCGGGGGGAGACGCUGAGCGAGCUGCUGGCCCGCGAGGAGGCGGGGUCAGAGUUCACGGGCAAGGACAGGGGAGGAUACAAGGCAGGGGCCCCCUGCCACACCCACAGGGGCCCCAGCAUCCCCAGCCACAGCCGGUCCUGGUUCAAGGACAUCAUGCAGCUGAUCGGGCCGUCCAACCUGCCGCACGUGGAGGAGUACUGCGAGCGGGUGUGGUGCAGCGACAAGCUCCGCCGCAAGCACAAAGCCAUGAUGGACAAGUACCGGCUGGCCCAGGAGAGCGCGCGCAAGGCCCGGAGCAAGGUGUCCGGCGAGCGGAACCGAACCCCGCGGGACACCCGCGCCCGCGAGUGACCGCGUGGAGAGGACGGGGGGGGCGGAGGGGUGGAGAAAGACUGAGCUGGCUCGCAAUGUAAGAAGGCAGAGGUGAGAUGCUGGAGAGCGGAUGGGGUCGGGGAGUACUGCAGAGCUGGGUGCGUAUCUGACCCUGUGUCUGAGUCUCCAGGGCUACUCACUCACUUUGGCUCCAUCAAGUGACGCAGUUCCAUUCUUCCGCAGCAAACCCAACUCCCAGCAGCCUCCUUUGACCCUGCCUGCCAGGACCUGUGCCCUCUGUCCUUCUCCGUACUGCAUGACUUGUAUGAUGCUGUAAAUAGGGGCUGGGUGGCAGUGCCCCUCGUGUACCCAGAACCACACCCACCCAGCCAAGCCCAGCCCAGCAGACCCCUCCCUCCCCACCCCAGCUCCCCUUGUUUCCCACAGCUGCCUCACAGUGUUGACAGCCCCCCCCCCCCCCCCCAUAGGCCUGUGUUUGUCACCCUGUACCCUUUUCUCCGUCGCGUCUUACACAGCAAAGUCU